AUGAAACAACAAGCAACCAAUCCUUAUGAAAAAUAUUAUAAUAGAAGGUUGUGGUUAGAAUAUGAAAUAAAGGAUCAGAAAAAUCCAUUAUACACUUUAUUUAAACAAUCUCGUUAUUUAAAAUAUAUAAUGACUCAAUAUGAAAGAGAGAAUAAUAUUGAAUCAAUACCCUGUAAAGAAAUUAAAACAUUUUUUCAACGUUUAAAAAAUUAUAACGAGUUACCAUCAAUUAAACAACAUUUUAAUAAUACGGAGAAUGGAUAUGCGUCAAUUACAUUAUUGAUAGAAAACAUGAUAGAAGUAUUACAUCAUACACCAAGAAAUAAUAUAAAAGAUAUAGAAUUAACAAGAAAUCUUGAUAUAUUAUUUAAGGAUUGGCCAAAAGAUCAAAAAGAAAUUGACGAAAAUGAUCCGAUAUUAAAUUUUGAUGUAUCUAAUAUUAAUUUAGUAAUGAAUGUUUGUGAUGAAUUAAAAACUUGCAUCGAAAACUUACUAGAAGAUAAUGGUUCUUUUGAUAAAGAAGAAGUAGGAGGAAAUGUUAAUUCUAAAUUGACGAGAAAAGUUGUUAAAAGACAAAUUAAUGAAACUAAUGAAAGUGAAGAAGAGAUCGUUGUGACCACUAGUGAAAGUUCUAAUGCAAGUUCAAUUAAAGCAAGCAAUACUAAACGUGCUAAAUUUUCUUUAAGAAAAAAAAAUGAUGAAAAACCGAAGGAAAUUUCAACUAUGACAAAACCAAUUAUAACAAAAAAGCCCGGACGUACUCUUUCAAGACAAGAAGUAGAAUCUGCUUUAAAAGACUUCACAUUAAGAGUAGCUAAUGAAACUUACGAAAAAUCCACUUCUUCUUCAACGGAUUCGAUUUCAUUAUCUUGGAAAGAUGUAUCAUAUACAAUAACAGAUCCAAAAUCCAAAAAAAAAAAACAUAUCGUAAAAAAUGUUAGUGGCAUUGUUGAACCCGGUGAAGUUUUAGCAAUCAUGGGACCUUCUGGAGCUGGUAAAUCCUCGUUCUUGGACUUAUUGGCCGGACGCAAAGAUCCAAAAUCCGUUACCGGUGAAAUUUAUCUUAAUGGCAAACCAGGUGAAAUUAAAUACGUAUCAACUUAUGUAAUGCAAGAUGACGCUUUAAUGGGUGUUCUUACGGUGCGGGAGAAUAUUCAAUUCGCUGCUGAUUUAUGUUUCCCAGCCGAAUUCUCAGAUGAAGAUAGAAAAGCACGUGUCCAAACCAUAAUAGAAGAAUUUGGAUUAGAUAGAGUAGCUGAUAAUAAAAUUGGAACAGUAUUUGUUAGAGGUAUAAGUGGAGGAGAAAAACGUAGAUGUGCGAUAGCAUCUCAAGUUCUCACUUUACCUAAAAUAAUAUUUCUUGAUGAACCAACGACCGGAUUAGAUUCGGCUGCGGCGUAUAACGUAAUGAAUGCCAUUGUUGAUAUGGCAAGGAGACAUAAACUUGCGGUUAUAGCAAGUAUACAUCAACCAUCCACAGAAACUUAUGCUUUAUUUGAUAAAUUAUUAUUGCUUGGACGUGGUAAAACUUUGUAUUUUGGUAAAAGAGAGAAUGCUAUAUCUCACUUUGAAGAAUUAGGAUUCGCUUGUCCACCUUACGCGAAUCCAGGAGAUUAUUUCUUGAGAUUGGUAAAUAGUGAUUUUAUGAAAGAUAUAAGUGAAGCUGAACAACUCAUUACAAGCUUCAACGUGUCUUUCUUAAAAUCAUCUUAUAAAUUAGAAAUUGACGCACAAAUUGACGAUUUAAUCUCCAAGUCAGUUAAUGAAAAAUUUGAUAAUGAAUCAAUUACAGAGGGUACUCCAAGAGGAUAUCCUCGUAAUUUCUUUGCACAGACCAUGAUUAUUAUGAAACGGUCUCUCAAAAAUUCCACAAGAAAUAUAUUAAUGUAUUGGAUAAGAGUAGCGAUGUAUGUUAGUUUAGCAAUAUUGAUGGGUUCAACAUGGUGGCAAGUUGGAUAUGGACAACAACAUAUAGGUGAUAGGUUAUCGUCCCAUUUCUUUUCCGUUGCGUUCUUAUGUUUUAUGAGUGUAGCUGGUAUACCAGGAUUUUUGGAGGAACGGUUGGUAUUUCAACGUGAACGUUCAAAUAGGUUUUAUUCUGUUGGUCCAUAUGUAUUAGCUAAUACAUUAAUUUCAAUACCAUUUUUAAUGAUUGUUACAUUAUCAUUCUCUGUAUUUGCUUACCCUAUGAUUGGUUUGCACGGUGGUGUGGAAAAAAUUACCAAUUUCUUGGUAUUUCUCUUUUUAUCUUUAUUGGUCGCUGAAUCUAUGGUUGUUUUUAUCUCCGCUGUUAUACCAAUUUUCGUAGCAGCUUUAGCUAUCGUUGCUUUUGCUAAUGGGUUUUUCAUGGUAGUUGAGGGUUAUUUCGUAACAAAAAAAAAUAUUCCAAAAGCAUGGAAAUGGGCUCAUUAUGUUGAUUAUCAGAAAUAUGCCUUCGAAGGUAUCGUUAAGAAUGACCUUUCUGGAUUAACGUUUUUAUGUGAUAAAACUGAUCAAGGUUGUUUCUGUUUACAUGGAGGAGAAACUGCAAUUAAAAAUUGUAAUUUUUCUGGACAAAAUAUUUUGGAUGAUUUGGGUUAUGGGGAAGUUGUCAUAUAUAAAUGGGUGUUCGCACUUGUUGGAUUAGUACUCGCUUUCCGUGUCG